UCAUUAACGGCACUCCGGUUGGAGAUUAUCAAACAGUGGCACGUGGCAUUGUUCUUUCUGUUCCUGUAACCCUCUCCGUCGUCGUCGCCACCCGUCCAGCCUUCUCUUCCUCUGCCCUACAUUAUCGCCGCCCUCGUUCACCCCUUCGCCGGCGAUCCCUAGCGGGCACCAAAAUGAUUAUACGUGUAAUCUAGAGAAACAGCGGUGCGCUGCCGCUGCAUCUCUCCAGCCACGUGCCUUCUUCCGCGUCUCUCGAACUCCGUCCUUUUCGCCCGAUUUUGAAACAGCGGAGAUCGGGUGAAGAUUGCUGGAGCCCCUCCCGCACUAAAGCGAUCGCCACCUGACCUACCGCCUAUAGGGCCGACGCGGCUCAUUUGUCAUUAUGCCGAAUCUGUCGUUUUAGGUCCUUCGUCUUGCGCGCCUCUUCUCCUUCUCCUGCAACUCGAUGCGAUGAGUGAUUGUGAAAUCGAGCGAGCGGAGAUCUGAUUCAAUUCGGCGGAGGUCGCCCCGUUGCGUGUGCCCCUUCAGAGAUUGAGGUAUCUUGGGGAGCUCAUCAUCUAUUUCUCUUCAAAUGGGGGAACUUCACCAUGGAGAAAAUAAUCUAAUCAAUGAUGGAGCUCCGAGACUAGACAGUAUUCAGAAAGUUCCACUCAUCCCUCUUGUGUUUCUUAUUUUCUAUGAGGUAUCUGGUGGCCCCUUUGGGAUAGAAGAUAGUGUUCGGGCUGCUGGUCCACUUCUAACUAUACUUGGCUUUCUGGUUUUUCCCUUCAUAUGGAGCAUUCCUGAAGCACUGAUCACCGCUGAGAUGGGUACCAUGUUCCCGGAAAAUGGUGGUUAUGUAGUGUGGGUCUCCUCAGCUUUGGGUCCUUUUUGGGGUUUCCAGCAAGGUUGGAUGAAAUGGCUUAGUGGUGUCAUAGACAAUGCCUUAUAUCCAGUCCUCUUUUUAGAUUAUUUGAAGUCUGGAGUGCCAGCAUUGGGAAGUGGGCUUCCAAGAACAUUGACAGUGUUAAUCCUAACAAUUGCACUAACUUAUCUGAACUAUAGAGGAUUGACCAUUGUUGGAUGGAUGGCUGUUUUUCUUGGGGUCUUUUCAGUUGCUCCUUUCAUUUUAAUGGGGCUUGUGGCAAUUCCAAAGCUCAGGCCUUCAAGAUGGUUAGUGGUUAAUUUGCACAAUGUAGACUGGAAUUUGUGCUUGAACACACUUUUUUGGAAUCUUAAUUAUUGGGAUUCAAUCAGUACUUUGGCAGGAGAGGUAGAUAACCCUACUAGAACGCUGCCCAAGGCUCUCUUUUAUGCACUGGUUUUGGUUGUGGUUAGCUACUUAUAUCCCCUCUUAGCAGGGACUGGAGCCAUCCCCCUCGAUAGGGAAUUAUGGACAGAUGGCUAUUUCUCUGAUGUGGCCAAAAUCCUUGCUGGGGUCUGGUUACAAUGGUGGGUGCAAGGGGCAUCAGCUCUAUCCAACAUGGGCAUGUUUGUUGCCGAAAUGAGCAGUGAUUCUUACCAGCUUCUCGGAAUGGCAGAAAGGGGAAUGCUACCGGAGUUCUUUGGCAAGAGAUCCUGCUAUGGAACUCCUGUGGUGGGGAUACUGUUUUCUGCAUCUGGUGUGCUUUUGUUGUCCUGGAUGACUUUUCAAGAGAUAGUAGCCGCUGAGAACUUCCUCUAUUGUUUUGGAAUGAUUUUGGAGUUUACAGCCUUUAUAAAAUUGCGGUUGAGCCACCCGAAUGCCCCUCGGCCAUAUAAAAUCCCUCUUGGAACUGCUGGCUGCAUUUUGAUGAUCAUUCCUCCCACUGUAUUGAUAUGUGUGGUGCUGGCGCUUUCAACAUUCAAAGUAAUGAUUGUGAGCGUGUUAGCAAUGCUUGUUGGGUUCAUUUUACAGCCUUGUCUCAAACAAGCAGAAAAGAAAAGACUGUGGAAGUUCUCCACAAACUCCAACCUUCCUGAUCUUAGAGAAGUUGAGCAUGAUAAUAGUACUUUAGAGCCUCUUUUAGCUUAGGUUAGUUGAUCAACAAGUUUGCUAACUUCAAUAUAUCAUCUUAUUUUAAUCACAAUCGAAUGCAAGUGCGAGACAAAUGCUGCACUGCUUGCUUUCUGAUGGCUGGCUUGUCAUGGAUUUGUGGAAUCAACUCCAUUUGUUUGCAUUUUGGCUAACAAAGUAAGAGUUUAUCAAAGAAAAUUUUGUUUAUGUCUUGAUCAUAGAGGCUUAUCUGGUUCUGCUUCUUGCUGCAUUGUGGCAUUGUUUGUGAGGUAUUAAGUCAUGAUAAAUUGUAGUGUUUUGUUCUAACUGCACUUAUCUUCUCAACUAGACGAGAAGCUUGGUGUUCACUCAAAUAAGUAAAUAAACUUUACAAUAAUUGAAAUUUUACUUUAUUUAUU